AUGUGUAUUACCUUUCUGUACAUAAAUCCAACACCAAGUGAAGGACCCUGGCAGGUGAUUCUGAUCAAUACGAGAGACGAGUUUUUCGAUCGACCGACGCAGAGUGCUAGGUGGUCGGAUGGCAUUCUCUGCAGUAAGUAUAAAUCAUCCGGUAAAUGGAAUAUAAAAUACCUUUGUAAUCGAACCGACAACGGGGUCGAAGACUUGAAAGCCGGUAGCGUUCAAAUCGGCCAAAAUAUUAAUGGAUUCUACGGUUUUGGGAACAGCUACAAAAAUCGGCCAUUCAAAAAGGUACAGGCAGCAACUGAGGCUUUCCGAGCGGUUGUGGGUAACAGCGCACAGUUAAACGCUGACAAGCUAACCUGCGAAUUAUUGACAGUACUGAAAAAUCCAAAGAUGUCCGCAUUUUACUUUAAUGACCGUAUUCGUCGUGGCUUAUGCAAAUGCUUCGUUGAUCUGAGGCCUGACCUCAAUUUUGGAAGCAGGCAAUGA